UGGCAGAAAUUUUCCGACCAGCAUCUAAUAACAUCGGAAGUUGUCUACGAAUUUGCUGAAGAGGAGGGCGAUCGACGAGCGGCCAAUGUUCGCGAACGGAAGCGCAUGUGCAGCAUCAAUGUCGCCUUCAUUGAGCUAAGGAACUACAUUCCUACGUUUCCUUUCGAGAAACGCCUGUCAAAAAUUGAUACUCUCAACCUUGCCAUAGCGUACAUUAAUAUGCUAGAAGAUGUAUUGAGGUAA